AAAGGAGUUACAUUUUGAUCUGUUCUCAAAAUCGAUUCAGAAAACUUAAACCAUUGCAGUCAUAUUGAUUACUUAUGUUGCAUUUAUGUGCUUUUUGGGGCUUCAAACUUUUGCUCACCAUUCACUUGCGAUGUGUGGAUCUACAGAGCUGAGAUCUAAAAUUCUUUGUGUUCUGCAAAAGAAAGUAAUACACAUGUGGGAUGUGAUAACUGUUGUGAUAACUUAAAAGAACUGUUCUUUUAAGUCUUGCACCAACACCAUAAUGUUCUCAACGGAAUAUUGCUUGAAAUUUAGUGAACUUUGCGCUUGCGUUCUUCAAUUGGUCACUGAUUAGCCUACAUUGCUCAACUUGGACGUUUUGCAGUCUCUGGAGAAAAUAGCUCAGCAUGGAGAUUCCUAUUGUCGAUUUUGAUGUUUACGAACUGGGAAAGAGCACUGUAUCUGCUGAUAAAUUGGAAAAGUUAAGUAAGGAACUGAGAACGGCCUUCACCGAGGUGGGAUUUGUUUACCUGAAAAACACUGGGAUAAAUCAGGAAGAGGUGGACAAAGUCAUGGGCAUUUCAAAGAAGUUCUUCUGUUUGCCUGAAGAUAUGAAAAGGCCUUUCAGUAGAGGCAAUUUCUCCUGCAAUGGAAACCACGGCUGGGUUUCAGUAGAAACGGAAAGUUUGAAUCCUCGAUGUCCUGGUGAUUUGAAGGAAGCCUUUAAUACAGCAUCUUUGAGCAGGGAUAUUAACUGGCCCUCGGAAGGAGUUGAUGAUUUCCGAGGUGUCCAAGUGUCCUUUUUUCUACGCUGUAAGGAACUCUCUCUCAGAGUGCUGCGAGUGAUGGCUCUCAGUUUGGGUCUGGAUGCAGAGGUCUUCCUCAAAGCACAUAAGUUUAUUGGAAGUGAUGUAAAUGGCACCACUCUACGGGCUUUGUACUACCCCCAGGUGAAGAGCUUGUCUGUGAAGGAUGGUCAGUUGCGCUGUGGUGAACAUUCUGACUAUGGUAGCAUCACUCUGGUCUUCCAAAGCCCUGAAAGUGGACUGCAGGUACUUAACCGGAAUGGAGAGUAUAUUUCAGCUCCAUGCAUUCCUGGAACAGUUCUAAUAAACAUAGCAGACCUGAUGCAAAGAUGGACUAGUGAUGUCUAUGUGUCUGCCGUUCAUAGGGUUUUACUACCACCUGUAGGUGACUCCAACACACGUCAGUCUUUGGCCUUCUUUGUACAGCCUGAUGAUGAGGCCGUUAUUUCUUGCUGUGAUGGAUCAGACAAAUAUUCUCCAGUGAAGUCAAUUGAUUACCUGUUGUCUAGGUUUAAGGAUUCUUAUGGCAAAGAAACCAAAACAGAUCUUGUCUCAUGAUGUUAUGGUUUAAAUGGAAAUUGUUUUAAUAUUUUAGAUUUUAUAUGUGUUUAAACAAAAUGUCAUUUAUGUUGUAAUGUUAGCCAGAGCACACAACUGGUGAAGCUUAGAUAAUUUAAUAAUUUUAAAGAAAUGUAAAGCACAACAUUAUAUCUGAAAGAAAAGUCAAACAAAAUUGUCUUAUUUACACACUGUUUUGCUUAAUUGGAUUUGCUUGGUUUACAUAGUUGGGAGGUAAAAAGUAGGAUCCUGGUUGACAUGAAAAAAAAAAUCAUGUUAACAUUGUAGAAACAACGUAAAAUAGUUAAUUACUGUCGCUGUAGUAACAGCAUAAAAGGUCAGAAUUUGACCACAAUAGCGCAUUAUGAUCUAUGACUGAUGUUUCCAACUGAAUUUAUAGUGAAGACAUCAGACAUGACUUAACUGAAUCAAAUAUAUGGGACAAAUAAUAAUAAUAAAAAAGGUGUUGUCAUUGUUUUGAAAUUCCUACCAUGAAAGUGAGCAAAUAAGCAAACCAGUUGCUUUUAUGAGAUUGCUUGGUUAUGCUGUUGAAGACAUUAAUCCUUUUUUAUUAUUAUUAUUUAUUAUUAUUAUUCUGCAUACCUUAAUUUAAUGUGUCUUAUCAGAGGAAUUGCUUUACAAUGGAAAUGCUGAAUUGUAAAGAGUUUAACAAGAAAAUUAUUGUGUUUGUUGCCCAGAUAUACAGUCAAAUCAUGAAAAAUCUGUAUUUAUAGUACUAGUGUUGGCCCUUAAUGUUGUUCAAUGAUUGUGCAAAGCAGACACAAGAUUUACAAAAACAAUAAAAAGUUAGUUUCAAGUACAA